AGAACAAGUUUGUCUGCAGGGUGUGGUGCGGGGCGGAUCUGGGCGAGACAGCGACUCUCUCUCUCUCACACACACACACACACACACACCAAGAGUCGGCGGGCGGUGGCAGCGACACAACAGCAGCGCGCGGAGCAGAGCGGUAUCAUGGACCUCUCAGACGCUCUGGGUGGACAGGACCAGCAGAAGCUCUCUGCCGGUAUGUGGCCAGAUGGGCCAUCUUCUGGAUCUGGAGGACCUCCAGGUGGUCACGGGAUGUGGCCUGGUCCUCCAUCUUCUGGAUCUGGAGGACCUCCAGGUGGUCACGGGAUGUGGCCUGGUCCUCCAUCUUCUGGAUCUGGAGGACCUCCAGGUGGUCAAGGGAUGUGGCCUGGUCCUCCAUCUUCUGGAUCUGGAGGACCUCCAGGUGGUCAAGGGAUGUGGCCUGGUCCUCCAUCUUCUGGAUCUGGAGGACCUCCAGGUGGUCACGGGAUGUGGCCUGGUCCUCCAUCUUCUGGAUCAGGAGGACCUCCAGGUGGUCACGGGAUGUGGCCUGGUCCUCCAUCUUCUGGAUCAGGAGGACCUCCAGGUGGUCACGGGAUGUGGCCUGGUCCUCCAUCUUCUGGAUCAGGAGGACCUCCAGGUGGUCACGGAAUGUGGCCUGGUCCUCCAUCUUCUGGACCUGGAUGUCCUCCAGGUGGCCAAGGAAUGUGGCCUGGUCCUCCAGCUUCUGGACCUGGAGGAGGAAUGCGGCCCAGUGCUCCAUCUUCUGGACCUGGAGGACAUCCAGUGGCACCCCAACAAAACUUGAGUGUUCCCUACAAUGAGAAGAUCCCUGGUGGGUUUCAGAACAACAUGCGGAUCACCAUCAAGGGAAGAAUCAAAGCCGGAGCAGACAGGAUCGCGGUGGAUCUGGCGAGCGGCAGCGACAUAGCCUUCCACUUCAACCCUCGCUUCAACGAGGGGGGGAGACAGGUGAUCGUGAGGAACAGCCGAAUUGGGAACAAGUGGGGGAAGGAGGAGCGCGACCUGUGCAGGUUCCCCUUCGGCGAGGGACGAGACUUCGAGAUGGAGAUCCUGUGCAGCGACAGCAUGUACAGUGUGAGCGUGGACAGGCGCCCCCUGCUGAAGUACCAGCACCGCAUCAAAGACCUGCGCAGCGUGGACCGGCUGGCCAUCACCCGCGACCUCACCUUGACCCAGGUGGAGGUGUCGAAGUCUUACUGAGAGGCCAGGAGGGUCGUGACGGAUUUGUUCUGCUCCACAUGUCAAUAAAAUAAAUCCUCCUCCCUGUCUGGAUCUCUGACCUUUGACC